CUUCUUUCUCAUUCAAUGGCAAACAAACCUCUUCUUCUCAUACUAACAGUAGCACUGCUCUACUCCCUACAUACGGCUUCGACGGAAGCAGCGUCGACGGCGAAGACCGGCGCUGACGAAAGCGUACUGGUGACCGGCGAAGGAGAUAAAGAGAACGAAGCAUCGGAGUCAUGGGCGACUUGGGCCAAAGACAAGAUUUCAGAGGGCUUAGGUAUCAAGCAUCAACAGGUAGAUGAGACGGAGGAGAAGGCUGAGGAAGCAGCUCGGAAGGCGCAAGAAGCAGGGCAUGCGGCCAAGGACACCACUGGCGGAAUUGCUUCAGAUGUGGGGGAAUACACCAAGGAGAAGACCGGAGAUGCUAAGGAUUCUGUCAAGGAGAAGACCGGAGAUGCUAAGGAUUCGGUGAAGGAUGCUAAGGAUUCAAUCUCAGGGAAGGUGAAGGACAGCACAGCCAGAACAGCCAGCCAAACCAAACAAAAGACCGGCGAAGCUACAGAGGCCACAAAGCAAACAACCACAGAGGCGACGAGCAAAGCAGCAGAGAAGGCGUCGGCGGUGAAGGACGCCACCAUCGACAAGGCGAAGGAGGCUGCAGCGGCGACCAAGGAUAAGGCAGGCAAAGCACAAGAGGCGACCACUAGUACAGCCGGGGAAGCGGCGAACAAAGUGAAGGAAGGCUAUGAUGCUGCAAAGUCUAAGGCAGGGGAGAAGCUGGAUGCGGCUAAGGAGACGCUGUCGUCCAAUUACGAGGCUGCCAAGGAGAAGGUUGUGGGAGGGUCGCAGAGACACGAGGAGGAGCUGUGAUUUCUGAAUGAUUGGGUAUAGUUAUGUUUUGAUAAUUGGCUUCAGGGUGUGAUGUUCUUUCUAUAUGAAGAAGCAAUGAAGGAUUGUUGUUUGUAGAUGUAGCUUUCUGUUUCUGAUCAAUAAAGAGUGAUAGUUCUGAUACAAUUUUGUUUUUAA